AUGACAGUUUAUUUAAAAAUCAAAAAAGACAAAAAAGAGAACGAAUCAAUAGAAGCUGAAAAUAUUCCCAUUGUUGUUGAUGAUGAAGUACUUGAAUCAUUAAUGAAAGAAACAAUUGUGGGCUCCAUUAAAUACAUGAUUGGCUUGUUUGAUGUUGAAAAAGCAUUGGUAGAGUGGAAGGAAAAAAAGGAAUGGCCUUGCAAUGAUUUAGUGUAUUAUGAUAUUCUAAAUAUAACACCAGGAAGCAACAGUAAAUUUAUAAAAGAACUACCAUCUCAUAUAAAAACCAUUAUCCUUAAUCAUGAAAAAAAGUCCUUUAAUUUUGAUAAUAAUGAUAUUAAGUCUAUGGGAUCAGAUAUGAUUAGAGGCUGUUAA